UUUUAAAUUCCUUGUACAAGGAAUGUUUAGAAUGUUAUACCUACUGUUGUGUACCCUAGGUAGUAGUCAAGCAUUAUUUAGCAAUAAAUUGUCAUAUCUUAUAUACUUAUCAGAAUUAAAGCAUUUGGUGAACUUAUAAACAUGGCUUCUACUUCUAAGAAGCAAGCUGUGAUUGGUGUAAAAAAAAGAGGACCACCAAAAUUGGAACUGACUGCAGAACAGAAAAGUGAUAUAAAAGAAGCAUUUGAUCUAUUUGAUCCAGAUGGUACUGGCAGAAUUGCUACCAAAGAACUUAAAGUAGCCAUCAGAGCUCUUGGAUUUGAACCAAAAAAAGAAGAAAUAAAGAAGCUAAUAGCUGAUGUUGAUCCUGAUGGUCUUGGUACAUUAUCGUUUGAAGAAUUUUUAAAUUUGAUGUCUACAAAAAUGUUAGAAAAGGAUACAAAGGACGAAGUUUUAAAAGCAUUUAGACUAUUUGAUGAUGAUAAUACAGGAAAGAUAACAUUCAAGAAUUUGAAAAGAGUUGCUAGAGAAUUGGGUGAAAAUCUUACAGAUGAAGAAUUGCAGGAAAUGAUAGACGAAGCAGACAAAGAUAGGGAUGGAGAAAUUUCUCAAGAAGAAUUUCUACGGAUUAUGAAAAAAACAAGUCUAUAUUAA